CAGCGCGCCGUGCGGGAAGCCGCCGGGAGGAGAGUGGACGCCCCUUCCUAAUUCUCUCGCUUGCUUGCUCUCUUGAGUCAUCGUACGGCACAGUAGGCGCGGGUCCGGAGGACUCCUAAGAACCGCGUCAGGGGUGAAGUCUCCCCGACCAUGACCUCCACGGGCCAGGACUCCACCACAACCAGGCAGCGAAGGAGUAGGCAUAACCCCCAUUCGCCCCCCCACGACUCCAGCGCUACCUCGAAGCGAGGUGUUAAGAAGGGUGCCAUACUCUCCUCCAGCCCUAGUCUAGCAGAGGUAAAGAAGAAAGGCAGAAUGAAGAAGCUCAGCCAAGCAGCAGAGCAAGACCUAAUCCUGGACAUGCGAGGGCUGGAUCUGAACCUUGAGGCCAAGACACUGUCUGGCACUGGUUUGGUGUUCGAUGAGCAGCUAAAUGAAUUCCACUGCCUCUGGGAUGACAGCUUCCCUGAAGGCCCUGAACGGCUCCAUGCCAUCAAGGAACAACUGAUCCAGGAGGGCCUCCUGGAUCGCUGCGUGUCCUUUAAGGCUCGAUUUGCGGAAAAGGACGAGCUGAUGUUGGUUCACAGCCUAGAAUACAUUAAUCUGAUGGAGACAACCCAGUACAUGAAUGAGGGAGAGCUCCGCAUCCUAGCAGACACCUAUGACUCUGUUUAUCUACAUCCGAACUCCUAUACCUGUGCCUGCCUGGCCUCGGGCUCUGUCCUCAGGCUGGUGGAUGCUGUCCUGGGGAAGGAGAUACGGAAUGGCAUGGCCAUCAUCAGGCCUCCUGGACACCACGCACAACACAGUCUUAUGGAUGGGUAUUGCAUGUUCAACCACGUGGCCGUGGCUGCCCGCUACGCUCAACAGAAGCAUGACAUUCAGAGGGUCCUUAUUGUGGAUUGGGAUGUUCACCACGGUCAAGGAACCCAGUUCACCUUUGACCAGGACCCCAGUGUCCUCUAUUUCUCUAUCCACCGCUAUGAGCAGGGUCGGUUCUGGCCCCACCUUAAGGACUCUAACUGGUCCACCAUAGGUUUUGGCCAUGGCCAGGGGUAUACCAUCAAUGUGCCUUGGAACCAGGUGGGGAUGCGAGAUGCUGACUACAUUGCCGCUUUCCUGCACCUCCUUCUGCCAGUCGCCCUUGAGUUCCAGCCACAGCUGGUCCUGGUAGCCGCUGGAUUUGAUGCCCUCCAGGGGGACCCCAAGGGCGAGAUGGCCGCCACUCCAGCAGGGUUCGCUCAGCUAACCCACCUGCUCAUGGGUCUGGCAGAAGGCAGGCUGAUCCUAUCUCUGGAGGGUGGCUACAACCUUCGCUCCUUGGCUGAGGGCGUUAGCGCCUCACUCCACACUCUUCUGGGAGACCCUUGCCCUAUACUGGAGUCCCCUGGCGCCCCCUGCCCCAGUGCACUGGCGUCACUCUGCUGCGCUAUGGGAGCCCUGGAGCCCUACUGGGAGGUCCUUGUAAGAUCAGCUGAGACCCUGGAGGAGGACAUUCUGGAGGAGGAUAGCACGGAGGAGAAGGACGAAGAGGGAUUGUGGCGGCCCCCAGCUCUCCCAAUCCUGACGUGGCCCAUGCUACAGGCCCGCACAGGGCUGGUCUAUGACCAGCGGAUGAUGGGCCACCACAACUUGUGGGACAACCAGCACCCGGAGAUGCCUCAGCGAGUCUUACGGAUCAUGCAGCGUUUGGAGGAGCUGGGCCUUGCAGGGCGCUGCCUCACGCUGGCCGCACGACCCGCCACCGAAGUCGAGCUGCUCUCCUGCCACAGUGCUGAGUACGUGGGUCGUCUACGGGCCACAGAGAAGAUGAAAACCCGGGAGCUGCACCGCGAGGGGUCCAACUUUGAUUCCAUCUACAUCUGCCCCAGCACCUUCGCCUGCGCACAGUUGGCCACAGGCGCCGUUUGCCGCCUGGUGGAGGCUGUGCUGGCGGGAGAGGUUUUGAAUGGUACUGCUGUGGUGCGUCCCCCAGGACACCAUGCUGAGCAGGAUGCCGCUUGUGGUUUCUGCUUUUUUAAUUCUGUGGCUGUGGCUGCUCGCCAUGCCCAGGCCGUCAGUGGGCGGGCGCUGCGAAUUCUGAUAGUGGACUGGGAUGUCCAUCAUGGGAAUGGAACUCAGCACAUAUUUGAAGAGGACCCCAGCGUGCUGUACAUUUCCCUACACCGAUAUGAUCACGGCACCUUCUUUCCCAUGGGGGAGGAGGGUGCCAGCAGCCAGAUAGGCCGGGCUGCGGGCACUGGCUUCACUGUCAACGUGGCCUGGAAUGGACCCCGCGUGGGUGACGCCGACUACCUGGCUGCCUGGCAUCGCCUGGUGCUUCCUAUUGCCUACGAGUUUAACCCAGAGCUGGUGCUGGUCUCAGCAGGCUUUGAUGCCGCAUGGGGGGACCCGCUGGGGGGCUGCCACGUGUCGCCUGAGGGCUAUGCCCACCUCACCCACCUGCUGAUGGGGCUUGCCAAUGGCCGCAUUAUCCUAAUCCUAGAGGGUGGCUAUAACCUGACAUCCAUCUCAGAGUGCAUGGCCGCCUGCACCCGCUCCCUCCUUGGGGACCCGCCACCCCUACUGACCUUGUCACGGCCCCCACUCUCAAAGGCCCUGGCCUCGAUCACCAAGACCAUCCAAGUCCAUCGCAGAUACUGGCACAGCUUACGGGUCAUGAAGGUGGAAGACAAGGAGGAACCCUCCCUUUCUAAGUCAGUCACCAAGAAGGCAACCAAACCAGCCAGCCCUGGGUCAGCCAAGAGGAUGACCACACCAGAAGAGAAUAUUCUGGAUGCAGGCACAGGGAAGGCUGUCUCCACAUCAUCUGUGGAAGAGUCCAUUCUAGGCCAAGCUAAGUCAGAGACUGCUGUGGUGGGGCUCAGUCAGGAGACUGAGUCCUCGGAGACUCCCGCACGGGAAGCCCCGCCGUACCAGACCACCUCCGAGGCAGCCACAGGAGGGGCCCCGCCGGACCAGACCACCUUCGAGGAGGCUGCUGGGGGAGCUGAGAUGACUCAAACCCCUUCGGCCUUAUGUACUGACAACCAAAUAUCCCCCAGUGAGCUGAAUGAGAAUCUUAGGACCUUGGAACUAAACUGCAAGGCUCAGGAGGCACCAGAAUCUCAGGUCCCAGAAGAGGAGAAGCUACUGGGAGAGGCAGCUGGAGGUCAGGACAUGGAUGAUUCAGUGCUGAUGCAGAGCUCUGGGGUCCUUGCUAACACUGACCAGGCCACCUUUUAUGCCGUGACACCGCUGCCCUGGUGUCCCCAUUUGGUGGCAGUGUGUCCUGUACCCGAAUCAGGCCUGGACGUGACCCAACCUUGUCAGGACUGUGGAGCAUUCCAGGAGAACUGGGUGUGUCUGUCUUGCUAUCAGGUCUACUGCGGUCGUUACGUCAGUGCCCACAUGCUGCAACACCACGAAGGGUCGGGACACCCGCUGGUCCUCAGCUACGUCGACCUGUCUACCUGGUGUUACAACUGUGAGGCCUAUGUCCACCACCAGGCGCUCCUAGAAGUGAAGAACAUGGCCCACCAGAACAAGUUUGGGGAGGACAUGCCCCACUCACACUAAAUCCCAGGACGUGCUCCUCUUCUCCACCUUCUGAGACCCUGGAUGAAGAGCAGCCUCACUCCAUCCCAUCCGGAAGACUCUUUUCAACUCCCCAAGGGUGCUGAUUUAAGCAUAAAUACUUGUAAGAUGAUUGUGAUGAUCAAUUGUGAAUCUCCCUCUGCCCACUGCCUAUUUGAGGGACUCUAUCUACUCUGCCCUGGAAGGAAAGCGGGGCAGCUCAGCGGUCCCAAGAGGGGCUGAUAACACUAAGCUGAUGCUUCGGAGGGAGGGAGAUGAACUGGCAGAUACAGCAGAGUUGCAUAUGCAAUAAAGUACAAGCUGUUACAAAACCUGGA